AUGAUAGUGUUUCUCGUGUGUUCGGCAGCGCUGACCUUCGCGGUUGGUCAAGUGGAAAGCAACUCGUACAGUAGUUACUCUGCGCCGCAGAGACCAUGUAGUGGGGGUAGUUUCUGUGGUGGCCAUCCUAAUUCUCUACCGUUUGAACCACGAUAUCCAUCGGUGCGUGUAGGAGUGUCUCCUGGAUAUCCAGGAGAAUCCGAGGGCGGCAACUAUGAAUCGAAUGAAGCUCCGGAAAAUAACUACAGUGGACCAUCAAAGGAAGUUGGCCCGUUGUAUCCGCCACCACCACCACCACCACCAGCAAACGAUGAAAACCAGCUUCCAGUAUCGGUUUGCGUACAACUUCCGCCGAAGACUCCACUAAAGCUGUCUAAGAGCAUUUUGCAGCAGAUCAUAUUCUCGCUGACCGAGGGCAACCAAGACGUAGAUCAUGUGGUUGAUCCUGCCGUUCCAGAACCAGGCUCGCUGCCAGUGUACACGCCCGUGCAAGUACCCGUGUAUUCACCCCAACCGACCUACGUACCACCACCACCACAAGCUGCUCCAGCACCCCAACAGCCAAUCUACUCACCUCAACCAAGCUACCCUCCACCACCCCCACAAGUCUACGCCGAGUCACCGGUCUAUGCGCCUCAACCCGCUGGUCCUGUUGAGCAUGUAGUCUAUGAACAGGAACCGAUACCAACGACCCCAUCAUCGAUUCCCGCCCUCCAAACGCCACGGUACCCCACCUACGAGGGUAGCGGUUCGACCGGUCCUAGUGGACAGUUACCACCGUAUGUUCAGCAGCAGGGCCGUCUCGGAGGAACCUGCCAAAGCUGCGGAUCGUCACUGAAGCCACGGUACAACCAGUAA